CAACUGUUGGGGCUGCCUCAGGGAUUUCGGAUAACCUUAAGCUCAAAGCAGAGGGAAGGCACCCAGAGACAGCUCCACCUGUGCCCCAGGGAGCUGGAGGUGGUGCGGGGGCAGGGGAGAUAUAAAAGGACCAGCCCUAUAGAAGGCUGAAGACACUGGGCUCCGGAUCAAGGACAGAGCUUAGCCAAGUCACUCCCAGCUCUCUCAUCUGGCAGUCCCUGAGCCACUGUCACCAAGAUGGGAGUCUGGCUCCUUUCCCUGCUAACUGUGCUGCUGUCUUUAGCCCUGGAGACUGCUGGUCAAGGAGAAAGAAUUAUAGAUGGCUACCCAUGUGCAGAAGGCUCAAAACCAUGGCAGGUGGCUCUGCUCAAAAACGACCAGCUUCACUGUGGAGCGGUGCUGGUUAAUGAACUCUGGGUGCUCACAGCAGCCCACUGCAAAAUGGGUCAGUACUACGUGCAUCUGGGCAGUGAUAAAAUAGGGGAUCAGAGUGGCCAGAAGAUCAAGGCUACAAGGUCAUUCCGACACCCUGGCUACUCCACAAAGACCCAUGCCUAUGAUAUCAUGCUUGUGAAGCUGGACAAGCCGGUCAAGAUGUCAUCCAGAGUGCAGAAAGUCAAGCUUCCUACACGCUGUGAACCCCCAGGGACACCGUGUACCGUUUCUGGAUGGGGCACCACAACCAGCCCAGAUGUGACCUUUCCCUCGGAUCUUAUGUGCUCGGAUGUGAAAAUCAUCUCCUCCAAGGAGUGCAAGAAGGUGUACAAGGACCUACUGGGGAAAACCAUGCUGUGUGCUGGCAUUCCUGACUCUAAGACCAACACAUGCAAUGGUGACUCAGGGGGGCCCUUGGUGUGCAAUGACACCCUUCAAGGUCUGGUGUCCUGGGGAACCUACCCAUGUGGCCAGCCCAACGACCCAGGCGUCUACACUCAAGUCUGCAAGUACACACGGUGGAUAGAUGAAACCAUCAAAAUGUAUAGCUAACGUGCCAGGAGCCGAGCUGUGAGCCUCCAAGGCUAUGCUCAUAGAGUAAGGACAUCAUGGGAGCCCUGUCAAGUCCUAACUGGCUUUCCGUUUCCUCCAGGACAUAGCCAAACCUCAACACUAUGUUAAGUUUAUAAGCAAUCAACCCCAGAGACCUAAAAGCAAACCAAGUCAAGAGACUAAGAAUCCUGAGGGCUGUGGAAGAUGCUCGAAGACUAACACUUCCCAGUGCAAGAGCUGAGGCUUCCCACAGUCCUUUACUGGGAAGUGGCUUGUAACUUCAAGACCUUCAUGCACUGCCUUUGACUCAGGCCACCCACUGCUAGAAAGUUCUUUAAAAAAAAAAAAAAGAACCAAGUUUGGAUUCAUUACAUUACUUAUUGUAGAGGAAGAAAAGGACGGAAACUGUUAACAUGUUCAAAAUAGUAGAUUAUUUAAAUGAAAGUCGGAUUUCUCUCGUUAUGAAGUUGUGAGAAAUAAUGCCUAAGGUGUAAUGCUUAGCCUUAUACAAGAGAGACUCUUGUUGUAUGAUGUUUAAUGCAGACAUGGACUGGACAUGCCAGGUUAAUAAAAUCUAAGUGAUAUUGAUGUGUGUGCUCAUAGCCUGGAAAACAAUGAUGGGGGAGCUGGGGCCUCGAUGGUGGAGGGGGAGACCCAUGAGGAAGGGUUGGCUAAGAAAUUAUAGCUGGGCCAGCAAGAUGGCUCAGUGGGUAAAGGCACUUGCUGGCAAGCCUGACAUGACUUAAGUUUCAUCUCUAGGGCCUACACGGAGGAAGGAAAUAACUGGCUCCUGCAUGCUAUCCUCUGACCUCCGGGCAUGCUGUGGCACACGUGCACCUGCAUGCAUACGUGGACACAAAAACAGAUUAAAAUGUAAAUAAAAUAGUCUUCAUAUUUUUAACUUUUA